ACCCAAAACGGCUACUUUCCCUCUCUCUUCGUCCACACUUUCUUUUUCUUCUCAUUUUCUAGGAAUAUUUGCAUUUUCUCAGGAAAAUCUCGGGAAAGAAAAUCUUUCAGAGCCAAAACUGCUUACUCGCCAUUGUCUCUUGUUCGGCACCUGAGGUAUAAGACUUAAACAUGUCUAUUGUGCAAAGCGAUCCACUUCUUCAAGUGGAAACAACAUGUGGGACACUUCUAUAUGAGCUUCAGAUAAUUUGGGAUGAAGUUGGAGAGACAGAUGCUGAGAGGGACAAAAUGCUGCUUGAGAUUGAACAAGAGUGCUUGGAAGUAUACAGAAGAAAAGUGGAUCAGGCUAAUAGGUCUAGGGCUCAGCUAAGACAGUCUAUUGCUGAUUGUGAAGCUGAACUUGCAGCCAUCUGUUCAGCAAUGGGAGAACGCCCAGUGCACAUUAGGCAGUCUGAUCAAAAUGCUGGAAGCUUGAAGGAGGAGCUAAGGAAAAUCCUUCCCCAAUUGGAGGAGAUGAGGAAAAGGAAAAUUGACAGAAGAAAUCAAUUCCUUGAAGUUCUAGAGGCAUUACAGAAGAUCGCAACUGAGAUAUAUGAAUCUACAGAAUCUGUUUCUUUUAAAGCACUAGUGGAUGAAACUGAUUUAUCCCUAAGGAAGCUUGAAGAAUUGCACAGACAGCUCCAUGCACUUCAGAAAGAGAAGAGUGAUAGGCUAAAGCAGGUUCAGGACCAUCUUAACACAUUGAGCUCACUCUGCUUGGUUCUGGGCAUGGAUUUCAAGCUGACAGUUAACGAGGUUCAUCCCAGUUUGAGUGAUUCUGAAGGAUCAAGAAGCAUAAGUAAUGACACAAUAGAGCAUUUGGCUAAAGCAAUAAAAAAAUUGCGUGAGGUUAAGAUACAGAGAAUGCAAAGGCUCCAAGAUCUUGCAACUUCCAUGUUGGAGUUAUGGAAUUUGAUGGAUACACCUAUUGAAGAGCAACAGAUGUUUCAAAAUGUGACCUGUAAUAUAGCUGCUUCAGAACAUGAAAUCACUGAGCCAAAUACUCUCUCAGAGGAAUUCAUUAACUAUGUUGAGGCAGAAGUUUCUCGGUUGGAAGAGUUGAAAUCAAGCAAAAUGAAAGAGCUUGUCCUGAAGAAACGCUCAGAGCUAGAGGAAAUAUGUAGAAAGACACACCUGGUUCCUGAGUUUGACAGCACCCUUGAAGAUGCCAUUGAUGCCAUUGAAUCUGGAGCUGUGGAUGCAUCUACCAUACUUGAACAAAUUGAACUUCAAAUUGGAAGGGUUAAAGAGGAAGCUUUAGGCAGGAAAGAAAUACUUGAAAAGGUGGAGAAAUGGUUACAUGCCUGUGAUGAGGAGUGUUGGCUUGAGGAAUAUAACAGGGAUGAGAAUAGAUACAAUGCAGGAAAAGGGGCUCACCUUACCCUCAAGCGUGCUGAGAAAGCCCGUGCCUUGGUUAAUAAGCUUCCAGGAAUGGUGGAUGCAUUGGCUGCCAGGACCUUAACAUGGGAAAAGGAGAGAGGCUUUCAUUUCUUAUAUGAUGGUGUUCAUCUGCUCUCCAUGCUUGAGGAGUACACCAUAUUAAGGCAGGAGAAAGAGCAAGAGCGCCGUAGGCUGCGGGACCAGAAGAAACUUCAGGGACAGCUAAUAGCAGAGCAAGAAGUGCUCUAUGGAUCAAAACCAAGCCCUUCAAAGCCCCUCAGUGUAAAAAAGGCUCCUAGAUUUUCAACAGGAGGUGUAAGCAAUAGAAGACUCUCUCUAGGAGGAGCAAUGCAUCAGCCACCUAAACCUGAUAUGCUCAACACCUUAAGGGCAGCUACCCCUCAAACACGUCCCAGUAAGAAAGCUGACAGAGUUUAUCCAAGUGACACUUUAAAUCACUUGCAGGAUGAUGGUUUUGCUGCAUUAUCAGCUGUAAGGAGAGGCUUGGAUAUCGGCGAUAUUCCAAUGAGAAAACAGUCCUCCAAUGCUGUAAAUGCAAAUGAACCAGAAUCACCAAUGGUUCGGCAACCAUUCUCUCCCAUCUGUUCCAUGGCAUCUUCAAAGGUCAAUAUGACAAACAACAUAUUAGAAGACCACCAUGGCGAGGCAUUACACAAAACACUUCCAACUAAGGAUCUAUCAUGCAUUACUCCAAUGAAGGCAGCUGCUUUAGUUGAUGAAGAGAACAGAACGCCCAAGGCAAUGCCAAUUCCCAUUCCCUCAACACCUUCAACAGUGUCAGUUCCAAUGCAGACAGCUAUGACACCAGCUCCUCCAAUUCCCUUUGCAGCUAAUCCAGUUGAAGUGAUUCCUGAAGAGACUGAAUACUCGUUUGAAGAAAAAAGGCUUGCUUCUAUGUUUUCUAAUGCUCAAUUAAAUUCAAUGAUUCGAGUUUGAUGUUUUUCAAAAUGCUUAGGUGAACUUGAACCAAAUGCUGUUUAGCAAUGACGAUUAUUUUCAUUUUUUUUGGGUUUGUUACGGGACAAGUCAUUUGUAAUUGGCUUUUCCGCUGUGUAUGUAUAGUUGAGGAGCCUAAACUUGAACUCGAAAUGUGAAACUGUUUUCCUUAAGACUUCAGUAACGUGAGCCU